AUGGCUAAUUCCCUACAGAGAAGGUGUGCAUUUGGAUCUCUCUCCAUUGAGAGCUCCAAUGGUUAUAGUGCUGGAGGUGCUUGUGUUUCCUAUGCCUUGGAGAAUUUUCCGCAAAAGAUUGCAAAAGCAAUCUUCCUUUGUGGUACAAUGGUGUCUGAUGUGUUUGCUGAAGAGCUUGGGUCUGCAGAACUUUUCAUGCAAGAAUCCAAGUUUCUAAUCCAUGGUAAUGGUAAAGAUAAGCCAGCUACUGGGUUCAUGUUUGAGAAGGAGCAGAUGGCUGGGUUAUAUUUCAAUCAAUCUCCGACAAAGGAUAUUGCUUUGGCAAACGUUUCAAUGAGACCAAUCCCUCUUGGUCCAAUGAUGGAGAAGCUGUGUUUGACCCCCGAAAACUAUGGAACCAGUCGGAGAUUCUAUGUCCAAACAUUGGAUGAUCACGCUCUUUCUCCCGAUGUCCAAGAAAAGCUGGUCAGGGAAAACCCUCCAGAAGGAGUCUUCAAGAUCAAAGGCAGCGAUCAUUGCCCGUUCUUCUCAAAGCCACAAUCGUUGCAUAAAAUUUUACUUGAAAUUGCUCAGUUUCAGUAGGACCGACUUGAUUUCUUCACGAGAAUACAUGAAAUUGCUUGGGUUCAAUAGGAUUUGAUAACUUCAGAAGAAAUACUGAUUCUUUUCCAUACAAAAAAAAAAAAAA